AUGGCUGAAAAUACUAAAUCAACCGAAACAACAACAACAUUUACAGAUGAUUUAGAAUCUAUUCGUUGUGUUUUACGUUCAGAUGAUCACCUUCAAAUUCAACAAUCAGGUGAUUAUGAACAAGUUCGUAUUAAACUUGAUCAUGAUAUUCAAAUCAGUUUUCUCUUUGAUUCACUUCAAAUCGUCAGUCAAUCAUUAACAAUUGAUAAUGUACUUGAAUUAAGAAUUAGUAAAGGAUCAAGUAAAUGUCCAUUAAAUCAAGAGCAAUGGGCAGAUAUUCGUAAAUAUUUUGAUGAACUUGUUCGAAAAGCAGAUAAAGCUACAUCUCUUCGAUCUAUUAUUCAAUUAAUUCAAGAUCAAUUAUUACGAACGAAAAUAACAAAUCCUAGAUUUAAACCCAAAGAGAAAAAAUCUACUGAAGAUAAUACAUCAGCCGAUAAUGCAUCAGCAUCAAAUAAAUUUCGCGGUGGUGAUUUGAUAUUUAAUCGACUAUUACAUGAUAAAACUGUUGAUCGAGGACAAGUUGUUAUUGGGUAUGAAGAUCGUUUUACUGGAAUACAUGAAAUUGCUUUUAAUGAAUUUAAAAAAGUUCAUGAUCAUGAAUAUGGUGUUCCAAUGCAUCGUCUCCGAUAUUUUAAAAUAAAUGGACGUACUGUAUGGGAUAGAACCAAGAAAUUAGAUAUAUUAACGGGCAGUGAACAAGAAGAUAGAAUAUCAAACGGUGUUGAUCAAGAGAUGCCACUUAUACAAGGACUCUAUCGCUUUGAUCCAUUACUUGAACAAUGGGUUCAACAACCACAUAUAUCAUUAAUAUCUGAUGAUACAAGAACUCCUUCAACAAAUGAUACAUGUCUUCCACAACAAUGUCAAUUUUUAACAUGGAAUAUUCUUUUUGAUUAUCAUCAUUCAUCACUUAUUUAUACUACUCAACGAUAUCAAUCAAUACUUCAGACACUUAAAUCACUUCAACCUGAUCUUAUUUGUUUACAAGAAGUAACACGUACAUUUCUUAAUCUUCUUUUAAAUGAAAUGUGGUUACAAGAAAAUAAUUAUUAUAUUAUUAUUAAACAAAGUAUUAUUAAUAGUGAACAAAAUAAAUCAUAUGGACAGCUAAUACUUAUGAAAAAUUUUCGACCACGUUCAUUUACUAUUUGUCCACUUGAUAUAUCUAAGAAUAAUGAUAAUACUACUACUGAGAUAACAAAUACUAACGCAACAAAAGAAAUAAUUAUUGCUCGAUUUGGUCUCAGUACAAAAGUAACAAUUGAUAUUGUUAAUCUUCAUUUACAUAGUAAUCGAUCUCGAAAUGCAAAUGAUAAACGUUGUCAAACUUUAGAAAAUCUUUUUAAACAUUUUAAUACAAAAAAUUAUAUGUUAAUUGGUGAUUUUAAUUUCGGAGAUUAUGAUGUGAAAGAACAAAAUAUGCUUGAGAAAUAUUCAAAUGAUAUACAUGAUCUAUGGAAAGAUACUUAUGAUAUUGAACAAAACCCUGGUUUUACAUAUGAUCCAUCACGAAAUAUUUGUGCUCGUAUAACAUCUGAUACACAAAUAAAUCGUCGUUUUGAUCGAUAUUUAAUUCAUACAUUAUAUAAUCUUUAUUAUUCUAUUCAACAUUUAAAUAUGAUUGGUAUUGAUACAAUUCCAAUUGAUCCAAUGAAUAAUGAUGAUGAUAAACGUAUUAAUCAAUCUGAUCAUUAUGGUUUACAAUUACUUAUUAAUUUUCAAACAAGAACAAUAAGUCAUCGAUCAGCACUUGUUGUAUUACCAGCAAGAGAACAUUGGCCAUUAAUUGAAGAAUAUCGUGAAAAAUAUGAUCCAUCAUUUAAUCGUUGGCCACCACAUAUAAAUAUUUUAUGGCCUUUUUUUGAUUUAACUGGUUGUGAAGAUGAUGAAGAAAAUAUUCUUGUACCAUUAAGAAUGUUACUUUCUCACUGUGAAUCAUUUAAUGCUGAAGUAAAUCAAAUUGAUACAUUUAUUGAAAAUAAUAUUUCUUUUAUGAAAUUAAACGAAAAAUCACAAGAUAAUGUUAAAAAUUUAUAUGAACAAAUUAAAAAUCUAUUUCCACAAUGUUGCACAAAUAAACGUAAUAGUUAUAAUCCGCAUAUGACUAUAGCACAAUUUGAGAAUGAAGAACAACGAAAUCAAGCACAAUCAACAUUGACUUUGAAUAAACCAUUUGAAUUUCCUGUUCAAUAUCUUUACAUUUUACAACGAUCAUUGGAUGAUGAUACAACACCAUUUCAAAUCACUUAUCAAUUACCAUUAGGAUCUGCUUUACAACCAUUACAUUCACAACAACUGAAUAGUUUUCAUCCUAAAUUACAACAAUUCUUUCAAACGAUGAAUCUAUAUGAAAAUGAACAAUCAUAUAUACGAAAACAAGAUAAGCUUAAUAAACUUGCAUCUUGUUUUGAUCAAAUGUUCAAUAAAGAUUCAUUAUAUUGUUUUACACAUGAAUUUCUAUCAUAUGGAAGUUUUCGUAUUGGUAUUAAUGGACAAGAUCUUGAUACAGUAUUUGUAUUGAAUGAAAUGAAAUCAAAUGAUGAAAAGACAAAUUUUGAUGAAACAUUACUUGAAAUGAAAAAUAAACCAGAUGGAAUGAGUAAUCAUAUAGUUAAUUUACUUGAAAUGCAGAUAAAUGGAUGUUUGAAAGAUGAAAUAUUUUACUCUCGAAAGAUCGAAGCAUUAUUUCCAAUAAUAUUAAUAGUAUUUAAUGACAUGACAAAAGUAGAAAUAUCUGUGCAAGUUCCAACAAAUAAAGAACAACAUGGUGAUGAGAAAAGAUCUGAAAAUUCUUCAAAUUACGAUAAAUAUAUAAAUGGGGUACACGAUAUUGAACAUUUACUUGUACAUGUUCGUUCUCCACCAAUCUUUCAACACCUUCUUACAUUUAUUCGUAAUUGGGCUCAACAUGUGGGUAUUUACGGACAAGCAUUUGGUUAUUUAGGUGGUUAUUCAUGGGCUGUUUUAUGUGCAUAUAUUUGUCGUUCAUUUCUAUCAUCUAUCAAAUCUCUUUCAUCAAUCGAACAAUUUUCCCUUGAUGACUUCUUUUCCUUAGUUGAAAAAUUCUUUUCUACAUAUGCAAACUUCAAUUGGACAUCAGAAGUAGUUCGUCUUCAUUCAACAUCAUACAAACAAACGACACAUUCAGAACAAAAAUCAAUGCAUAAUCGUGGUACAAUGCGUAUUCUAUCUCCUAUUUCACCAUAUAAUAAUACAGGACGUACAACAACUAAUUCUACUCGUGAUCUUAUUAUACAAGAAUUUCAACGUGUUGUCGAUCUACUCAAUAAAGUCAAUACAAUAACAACUAAAGAUAAAGUUAAUGCAUUAAAAUUAAUACUUGAAUUAAAUAAUGAUUUUCCAAAUCAAACAAUUCAAUCACUUCUUCAAUUAACAUUAUCAUGUGAGAAUGUAAAUGAUCUUGAUGAAUGGAUUGGUUGGUUAAAAUCUCGUUUAGCUCAUUUUAUGAAUGGUAUGGAAAAUGAAUGUCAUUUAAUAAUUCAAACACAAAGUUCACUUGAAUAUCAAUCAAAUAAUACUGAAGCACUUUAUUCAAUCGGUUUUCAACUUAAUGAAGAAUUAAUAAGUCAAAAACGAAAUUUUACUUAUUUCUUAAAUAAACUUCUCGAUCAAUUUAAUCAAUAUCCUAAUCGAAAGGAAACAAUGGAAAUUAGUUAUAAAUUAAUUGGAAUACACGAUUGGAAACUCGCACGAAUGCAACCGAAACCACAAAGAACACGAAAAUAG